AUGUUGAAGCCGAUUCCGAUCCCCACCACCAAGACAGACGAGACCGACAGGAUAGUCUACCACGACACGACCAUCGACGGCCGACGCUGCAUCGUCAAGCGCAACAAGUCCCAUAGCGAGUUUGCGAUCGAUCCGAACACGCACGAGGUUGUCGCGUUCGCCAACCUGCCUAACUGCAUCCGCAACGAGAAGGCUGCUAUGGACUUCGUGCGUGCCAACACUUGCAUUCCGGUACCUGAGGUGCUGUUCUAUCUCGACGAGGGCGAUCGCGUCCUUCUCGGCGUUGAGGUAGUUGAGGGCAUCAAGAUGGACGAGAUUCAGGACGAGAGGGACAGAGCUAAGGUGAUCGAGCAGCUGGACGGCUUUGUGGAGCAGCUGGCACAGCACCGCUCGCCCAAAAUCAAGGGCUUCGCUGCCAAGGCCUGCUUCUCACUCGCCCUCACCGACAACCUGCCCCGUUGUUCGCUCAAAUUCGUCGAAGAUCACGACCAGGGCUAUCCGCUCUGCCAUGGUGACCUCCACCAGUCCAACAUCAUCGUCGACCCCGAGACUAAGAAGGCCAAGGCGGUGCUGGACUGGGAGUACUGCGGAUACUAUCCAGAUGAGUGCGAGCCUCGCAGAUACAAGGCGGGUGUCAAGGACGUCGUCUGCCCAGACGGAUCCAUCGUCAAAUACCGCAAGUGGGGCGAGAAGGCCUUUGAGGCGCUCAAGAAGUACACGGUUGACAGCGACGAUGACGAGUGGUUGGCCCGCCGUGCUGACAGACACCUUUCCCAGCGUGCGGGCGACUUCGGUUAUGCAAAGUGA